UGCGGCUAGAAUCAAAAAGAUCAUCAAUUAUUUAAUCAUCAUCUGACUUUGACCGGCCAGCCCAUUGAUAGAAAUCUAGACUUGCCAGGAAAUAGUUCAUCAACAAUGACGAAAUCAGCAGUUGGUGCGAUUCUGGCUAUCGCCCUUGCUGCCGCGUCGUCCAUAAGAGCGUCGCCGCCUGGAGCAGUCUACAUCGACCCUUUACAAUACAAUGUUGUGGGAGCAAACUACACAAAAUGGCGCAACUCGUCCCUUAUUGGUUUUAACCCCACCAACAGUGCACCCCCAUUCAUUCAGGUCUUUGACCCUUCAUUCCUCGAUGUUACCGGACCAUCUGCCACCAUUCGCGAAAUUGCUUCGAAUCCUGGCUUUGCUUUUGCCCAUGAAGCGCCCAUCUACGUUCCAGAUCUCAACUUGGUCUUCUUUGCAAGCAAUGGCGGUGGCGCACUUGGGUACAGUGGCUGGUAUAACAACAGCGUUGUUAGCAUGAUCAACAUGACAGAAGUCGACAUGGCGCUGACUUCUACGCCUGGAAAUCUCAACCUCUCCGACAACGUCCAAAUGGUCAACGGGGGAACAGGCCCAUACAAGGGAGACCUUCUGUUCGUUACCUCAGGCCGCGCUUUGCUUCCGCCUUCUGUUGUUCGCGUCAAUCCUAGCCCUCCCUACAAUACCACUGUUAUUCUGGACAACUUCUUAGGCAGACAGUUCAAUUCGCUCAAUGAUAUCAAAAUUCUCCCUGGCACGGACAUCAUGUUCUUCACCGAUCCUGCCUAUGGGUGGCUAAACGGUUUCCGUCCUGAACCAAUGUUACCAUCACAAGUAUACCGCUUCGAUCCAUCGACUGGGCAGGUCAGAGUUGUCGCUGACCAGUUUGUGCACCCGAAUGGUAUUGCGUUCGCGCCAAAUGGCAAAACUGCAUUUGUCACCGACACGGGUAUUUUUGGAGGCUUCCUCGGGACAAAUCAGACCUUUCCAGCCACAAUCUAUCAGUUCGACGUCGACCCAACGACGCAGUCGUUCAUGAAUCGUAGAGUGUUCGCCUACAGCGACUCUGGUGCACCCGAUGGCAUUCAACUUGAUACCAAGGGCAACGUUUAUGCCGGCUGCGGCGAUGGUAUUAAUGUCUGGAAUGGGGAAGGCAUGCUCAUUGGGAAGUUCUAUCUAAACAGCACCACAGCCGAGCUGAUGUUCACGAAGUCUGGUCUCGUUAUUUUGGAGGAGACGGCGAUGUAUGUGACAAACAUCCAAGCUCGUGGAAUGACUCUAGCCACGUGGUAGCUUUCUGUGUACUGCCAUGCUUGU